UUCAGCAGGAAAGUCGAACAAAAAAUUUUGAGUCUCAACCCUCAAAAAAAAAUUUCUCCUCACUUUCUCAUAUUUUUCCCAUUUCUCUCUCUUCUUUCCCUUUUGAUUUUCAUACUCUCAAACACAAUCAUGGCCGUUGCGAAUUUUUCAUCAUCUUCUUCCAGAUAAGUUUUUCCCUCUUUGAGCUCUUUUUUCUUCAUCAAUGUCGCUCCAUUUUUCAAACCCACUUAGGGUUCUGCCUCUUCUUCUUUCCCAUUCACUCCCAAACCCUACUGUUUCAAACCCCUUUUGACCUUUUUUGCUCAAAUGAAGUAAAGGGGUUCUUUUUUUUUUUUUUUUGGUUUAGUCUGACCCCUGCUUGAUUUCGACACCCAAAAUUGUGGUUGUGGUGAUUAUUGAUUUUGUUUGUGCAUUUUUUAAUUGAGAACAAGAAAUUUCACUGAAAUGUCAGGCCCUCCGAGAAUCCGGUCUAUGAAUGUGGCGGAUUCCGAUUCACGACCGGUUCUUGGGCCUACUGGGAACAAAGCGCGAACUGUAGAGACUAGAAAACCUGGUGUGAAGCCAUUGAAGAAGCUUGAGAAGCCUCGUCAAGAAGUUGAAUCAAAGGACAAAAGGGUGCCAUUGUCUCCGCCUCAAUGCGUUACAGUUCCAUCGGUUUUAAGGCAACAGGAUCGCCACCAGGCGAUUCUCAAUCUGUCAAUGAAUGCCUCGUGUUCUUCGGAUGCGUCGUCUGAUUCGUUUAAUAGUCGGGCGUCCAGUGCAAGAGGUACGAGACAGCGUGGUCCGAAUUUGAGAAGGAAGCAAUGUAGUACGGUUAAGGGGGCUGACAAGGCUGUUGAAAAGGUUGGUGUCGAAAGUGUGGCCGUGGUGGCGGAUACAGUUGGUUGCUUAGAGUCCAAAAAACGAUGUGCUUGGGUAACGCCUAAUACAGAUCCAUGUUAUGCUGCUUUUCACGACGAAGAAUGGGGAGUACCAGUUCACGAUGACAAAAAAUUGUUUGAAUUGCUUUGCCUAUCGGGUGCAUUGGCUGAACUUACAUGGCCUGCCAUCCUCAACAAAAGACAUCUAUUUAGGGAAAUUUUUUUGGACUUCGACCCAACUGUCGUUUCGAAAUUAAACGAGAAAAAAAUGGUUGCUCCUGGAAGUGCUGCUACUUCUUUACUGUCAGAACUCAAGAUUCGAGCUAUCAUUGAAAAUGGUCGUCAAAUGUGCAAGGUAAUUGAUGAAUUUGGUUCCUUCAACGUGUACAUGUGGAACUUUGUGAACCAUAAACCAAUCAUCAGUCAGUUCCGGUACCCACGUCAAGUCCCGGAUAAGACAUCGAAAGCAGAGGUGAUAAGCAAGGAUCUCGUAAAGAGAGGGUUUCGAAGCGUAGGACCAACAGUCAUCUAUACAUUCAUGCAGGUGGCUGGGUUAACUAAUGACCAUCUCAUCAGUUGCUUUAGGUUUACAGAAUGUAUAGAGACACAAACAGCAGAGAAAGGAGAAAGAGAUGGUGAAAUGAAGCUUAAUCCUAAUGAGAAAAUGCCAGAGGCUUUGAAAAACUUGGAACUAUAAAAGAAACCAUUGGUAGCUUUUGAACCUUGCCUCAUUGUAAUUAGCUUCCAGAGUUCUUUUUUCUUUUCUUUUCUUUCUUUUUUGUAAUGAUGGCUUGUAAAUUCCUUGAUGGGAUCCAUUCGCCACUUCUUUCAAUGGGGUAAAUUUUAUCAAUGAUUUUGUGUAUAAACUGAAUUGGAUACAGAAGACAGCUAGAAUGAGUUCUGUUGGUCGUCUAUUACUUCAAGCAAUGUGGUUGGUUAUUUA